AUGGCACGGAAUCGCAGACGUGACAUUGUGAAGACAUCGAAAUACAAGACUUCUAUUUGUUCUUUCUUUGUUACUGCUGAAGGUUGUCCAUUUGGGGAUCGUUGUGCCUUUGCACACGGAGCUGGUGAAUUGCGUUCUGAAGUGGAGAACACAAGGAUAUUAGAAGGUGGGGGAAGUCUGGAAUCGGGUACGGAAGAAAUAGCAUCAGAUCCUCUUGUUGAUGGUUGUAGAGCUACAACGAAUGUUAUUCCGUUAUCUAGUAAGGGGGAAGGUGUUGAUAGUAGUAUAAAUCCAGAGUCAGGUUGCUCUUUAAAAGAUACAGUAAUGCAUCCUUGUUUGGGGAGCACAUUAUGCCCUGAAUCUUUGAAGAAUACGGAGAUGCCUGUAGUUACCUCACGUAACAAGGAGAAUCCACAAAAUGAGCCGGUUUCUUUAGUGGAAGGAGGAAGUGGAAAGGGCUCUAAACCUCCCCCUAAAGUUACCAAAAGGGUAUGCAUGGGACAAAAACGUUCUAUUGUGAAGAACUCUUGCAACAAGAUCAAGACGACGGAUCAGAACAAUAACAAUAGGCAAGUAAUAUCCAAUAAUCAGUGUUGCCUCAAUUGUGGAUUUAAAGGUAUAGAAAAUAUUAAAAAUGAUUUAAUUAAAGCAUCUCAUUUACAUAAUUGUGCCGUACCGUUGCCCUAUUCAACAGAUGGGACGCAUUUUGGAAACUCCAUGGGAUUACAUUCAGGGUGCUUACAUCCUAUCUCUCUUUCUCAAUCCCUUUUGCAAAUGGCUGGUAAUUCAGUUGUAGCUCCAUUUGCAGCAACUCCAGUUGUUAAUACAGAACAUAUGUACCCUGUUUCUGCACAUCCUUUUAAUGAUAUUCCAACAUCUCAUAUUCCUUACAAUAAGCCAAACUACAGUGUUGAUCAUAGCCAUUAUUCUUCUAAUCAAAUCUUUUCGACAUUGAUGUCUCAUUCAAUUUCACCAAUGGCAUCAAAUGCUCCAUUUUCUGUUGGACCUUUGCAUAAUAGUUCUAUUUGGCCAAAUUUACAAAAUAACUCGGUAUCAUUACCAGUUACGAGAAAUCCAGAAGUAGAAGGUAAUACCAACUGCCAUUUUGUGCAUAACCACCUGCAGAAUGUUGAAGCUGUUUAUCUGACUCCUGCUGCUAAGGAAAACGAUAUUAAUGAGGAGCACAAUGGUUCCCAAACUUCAUUGGAAUGGGAUCAGGUUAUUCGAAGAUGGUUAGAUAGCCAAACUGAAGUUCUUGACAAUGAAUUUGCUGAACAAGAAUCACUAAAAACUACAUCUGGUAAAUAUUUUACCACGGGAUGUAUGCUAAGUGAAACAGAACAUGAUGAGGGUGGCUUGCAAGCGUUUGAUGUAUUGACAUUCGAUAAACCAUCGUGUGAAUCUGUAGAUAAGGGUACUACUAAUGAAUUGGAUCGAACAAGCAACGAAUUUGAAGAAGCGACUUGUGCAAGGGAAGAAGUUUCACCCGUUGUUUUUGAGCGUAACGAGGGACCAUUGACAGCAUCAGAAGCUUGCAGCGCCAAUGAGAAGAAUCAGAAUGUUGAUGAAAGUGGAGAAAGAGAAGAAGAAGGUAAUUUAAGUAGUAAUACUAGCAAAAAGAAUAACAGUGAAGUAAAUAACAAUAUGGAGCUAGAGACACAAGAAUCAUCUUCAGGAUGCAAGCAUUGUAUGCCCCUUAUCUUUAAAAGACGACGCCCUGUUGUGGUAAAUCACUUUCGUUCAUCAUGUGUUGCUGCCAGACGCAUGAUGUCUCUCUACUCUGAAGAGUGUCGUACUCUGAAGAGUGUAGAUAAUGAUAAGGAGGGAACCUUGUAUUCUAACAAUACGGCUACUCCCAGCGAAAUGGAGUGGUCUGUGGAGUACUGCAUAUAA